AUGGAAUACCCAGAUGGGUACCUACUACGUAAGAAUGUAACUAAGCAAGCUCUAUUUUCUUGGGACCCUAAACGUACAAGUACUAAAUUGAAAUUGUGCCAAGACUAAUUAUAAGUGCUAGCUACAGAUGGAUCUGGAUUUAAAAGUGCCAUUGGUGAUUAGGAAUUCACUCCAGGUUAUAAAUAUUACUAUGAGAUUAAAAUCUUGAAGGAAUGGGCUGUUCUAAGAUGUAAACUCAAUGCUCCACCUAAGCAAGCUUUCAGUGAUAACGAAGAAGGAUGGGCAAUCUAUAAUGGUGAACUGAGACACAAUUCUAAUUCCACUGGCAAUAAGUAUGGCAAAUAAUACAAGAAGGGAGACAUUAUAGGAGUUAUGCUUAAUAUGAUUGAUGGCUAGUUAUCUUUUUCAAUAAACGGAGAGAAUCAGGGAAUUGCCUUUGAAUGCAAAGAGCUUAAAGAAGUUCCAUUAUAUGCUGCCAUAGCUCCAAUUUAUAAGGAAGAUGGCAUCGAAUUGCUAAUGGCAGUCAGGGAAGAUUGA